AUGGCGAGCGCGAGUCCACCGCCAAUCGCUGCUGCUUCCGGUGGCUUCUCCUCCUCCUUUCUCCGCCGUCAAAGAAGCAGCUUCAGUUCUCCCCAACCCUUGGCCAAUAGCGCACCUCCUGACGCCGUGCGCCCAGCUGCUGUCCGCAGGAAACCACUACCCAGCAAUGCUUCUCCUGUGAUCACCCCCAAGCACUCUCCGGCUCCCUCUCAAACCUCUUUAUCCCAACUCAGUGUCGGUCAACUUGACUCUCCCCGACAUCUCGAAACAGUCGACGAGAACCUCCCCUUUCUCCCCAGGGACCUUGAUCAAUAUCCUCGGGGCCAAUCUCCAUUAAUACCAUUUCCCAUUGACACCUCACGAACCUACCGUGAUCUCGAAUUAGAAACAGUCCACGAAGCGGAGUAUCUGCCGCAUGGCACGCCGAUUCAUUCCCGUCUUGCUAGCGAACCGAUCAUCCCGGUUUUGAGGUCGCCGCCACCUCUGUACCAUAAGAGGUCUGAGACUAUGGCAUUACAGCCACCCGAGAGCAGGCCUCCUCCUCUACAUCUCGAUGCCAUCCCAACAACUAUGCCCCACGGUCCAGCAGACAAACAACCCAAGACCCCUGGCAAUAAGAUCACUUCGUUCUUUGGAUGGAAGACGUCGGCUGCCUCCCCCGGAGCCGAGUCAUCCAGCACCGAAAUCAGCGAUGCUGGUCGGUCCCCAUUGCCGUCUCCAAUGCCACUGCCUUUCAGCGGCUCCCCAUAUGGCCUCAACAAGAAUGCCGCCCCUUUAAAUGACCAAAUCAUGCACGGCUUUCCAAUGCCUCCCGUACGGAAUGGGUCACUGUCGUCCGGCAACGGUGCUGACCUCAUGAACAAGGUUUCCGAACUGGAAGCCGAGUUGCGUGAGAUCAGCUCCGAGCUCGCCGGAUCCAUCCGACGAGAGAUGGAAUUGGAGGACUUGGUCGAGAGGUUCCAACUCGAAUCCCACACAGACGCCAACAGGAGAACAAGUGAUUACUUCUCCGACUCCGGCACCAGCUCGAUCCGGACGGGGACAGAUGGAGGCAAAAUUGAAGACAUUGAACGAAUCAAACGUGCCGCCGAACAGGAACGGGCUCAACUAAAAGUUGAAUUGACCCAGAGAUGGCAAGAAGAGAGAUCUAAGCGGACUGCGUGCGAAUCUCAUGUACAGAUUUUAGAGAACCAAGUGCAGCAGUUCCGUUCUCAACGUGUCGAUGUUUCGAACGCGGCCUCCAAGAACAAGGAGCUUGAGAUGGCAUUGGAUGACACUCGACGGAAACUUCUUGAAGAGAGACAACUAAAAGAUAAUUUCGAAGAUUUGCUCACUGCCAUGAGGGUCGAACUCGAGCAGCUCCGAAAUGAGCGUGACCACCUCCGCGAUGAGGUAGUCCCCUCCAUGCAAUCUCAGAGGGGUGGUCGAAUCCAGGCCAUCUACGAAGAGGACGGUUUCAACUCGAAACGGAAUUCGAUGAUUGGUUUAUCUAGGUCGAAUUCCUUGGCUCGCCUGCCGAAUAAGAGAUCGAGCUAUGCUCAAUCAGGCGGCCUUUCAGGCGAAUCCCGCGAGUCCUUGGUUGACCGCGUCAAGGAUGUCGAGGCUCAGCGUGAUGCUCUACACAAGGCUCUAAAGAGCCUCCUUGACCGCCAAGCACACCAAGCCCGCGAAAACGAGAAACGGAUCAAGGUCUUCGAGUUCGAAUUGCGCAAAGCUGAAGAAGUCAGCUCUCCGCGGAAACUUGGAUACCAAAGAGAAGUGCGAAACUUGAGAGAAGAGAUCAACCACCUCCGUCGUCGAGCCGAUGACGCCUUGGACCAGAAAUGGCAGUGUGAAAAGGGCCUAGGUGGCCUCAAAAUGGAUCUGGACCGUGCCGAACAGGAAACCACUUCAUUGCGCAUUCUGCUGCAAGAGCACGACAUUGCUUUGCCGGAAGAGCUUGCGGCCUCCAAGGACGGACUGUCCCACGUGCAGGCCACUUCAUCUUCUCUAGAGGCUGCUUACCAACAAUUGCAAGCCGACAUGGAGUACGCCGAAGCAAACUCUCCGCAAUCUCCAGAAGACGAACAGAGACUUUCUGCAUCGGUCAACCGCACGGAAGGUCUUGCUGGCCAGGUCCGACACCAGCUUGAUACCAACAACGCUCUGCGUCGACGCCUUGCAGACGCUAUCGCUCAGGGAGAGCGAGAACAAAAGAUGUCUGCCCAUCGCAUUAGUGACAUGCAGAGCAAGCUGAAGAGCUUGGAAGACCACCUGAUGGAUGCUCAGCACCAGUCUGAGGAUGCGAUGGCCAAGCACGAAGAUGACAUUCGCACCCUCAAGGAUAGCCACAAUGCUCAGCUGAUGCGGGCCAAGAUGGGAAUCAAGACCCCAGUGUCCUUGUCGCCGAGACCACCGGCCACCCCAUUUUCGGGAUCGCGGUCUCCUCGCCUUGACGUUACUACCUCUGGAGAGGGCGUCCCACUGAGCCAGGCGAUUCAAGCUGAACACCUUGAGCUCAGAGUGAAGGAACUGGAGAAGGCUCUGCGUGAUGCCGAUUUUGAAAUGGAAGAAGUUGUCCAGCGCAUGAACAAGGCGCAAAUUGGAGUUGCAGAGCUCCAAUCAGACAGGCAAGGACGAAGCUCUCCGUCAAACUCGCCGCCUCGAAGCCGAGAUCACGGCUGA